CUGUUUUUGUUAUCCGUUAUGAGUUGUUUUGUUAGAUCUCAAAAUGAAGCUGUCUGAGAAAAGAAUUUUGGCCUUCAUAGAAUCAUCGAACAGGUUCUAUGACACGAUGUACUGUACACACAGACAUAUAAUAUAGAAUGUUUCUAAUAUGUACUUCUAAUAUAGAAGUAUGUGACCGUACAUAUUCUCAUUACAACAAAUCAAUCUUUAAUAAAAUAUAUAAUACAUCACAGAUUAAUUAAAUUAUUUAUUCUGUGAUAGUAUCAUAUGUGAUAACCUUAAAAAUUCUAGUUUUGAAUUUUUGCUACAUUGAUAGCAAAUACAUUUUUUGAAAAAUUAAUCAGUUACAUCAGUUUUUUUUAAAAAUAAAGUAUAUUUACUUCGACGUAUGAAAAAUGACGGAUUCAACUUAUCGCUAGUUUAUAUUUUCAGUAAACCUGUCUGUGACUUAGUGGCUUAUUUUUAGCGUGCGAUUGUAUGAAACAUUGAUUAACGUCAGUUCCGUUUACUGUCUUACACUAUGAGUCCAUUUCGGUCUUUUUUUUACAUUACUUCUGGAGGAUUUUUUCUGUUUGCUGGAACAAAUUUGAUAACACUCAAUGAAAAAUUUUACAAUAAAUAUGUUAUUCCAGCAUUUUUCAUGUGUGAUCCAGAAAAAGCUCAUAACCUUUUAUUAUUAGCUGGGAAAUAUGGAUUUAUACCAAAAUCAAUGUACAAUGACCCACCUCUAUUAAAAACUAAGUUGUGGAAUUUGAAUUUUAAUAAUCCAAUCGGUCUUGCAGCCGGAUUGGAUAAACAAGGUGAAAUAAUAAAAGCAUUACAUAAUGUAGGAUUUGGAUUUGUAGAAGUUGGUUCAAUAACACCUCUACCUCAACCGGGUAAUGAAAAACCAAGAGUGUUUAGACUUUUAAAUAAUCAAGCUAUUAUCAAUAGAUAUGGAUUCAAUAGUGAUGGUCAUAAUGUUGUAUUUGAAAGGCUUGUUCAACUCAAACACAAUCAAAAUUUUAAUGGUAUAAUCGGUGUGAAUUUAGGAAAAAAUAAAGAGUCUGAAGAUGCAGAUGCUGAUUAUGUGAAAGGUAUUGAAAAGUUUGCUUCAACUGCAGAUUAUUUUGUAAUAAAUAUUUCCAGUCCUAAUACACCUGGUCUGAGAAAUUUACAAAAAAAAAAAGAUCUUAUGAAGCUUCUUUCAAAUGUAAUUGAAGCAAGAAAUAAGUAUUGUAAAGAUAAUAAAAUACCUUUAUUAUUAAAAAUAUCUCCUGAUCUUACCGAACAAGAUAAAAAAGAUAUUGCUGAUGUGGUUAAUGAUAAAAAGUAUCGUGUUGAUGGAUUAAUAAUUUCAAAUACAACUGUUACACGAGUAGGUGUUUAUGAUAAUCCAAAUUCAUUAGAACCAGGUGGUCUUAGUGGAAAACCUUUGCAGGAAAUGUCUACAAAAUUAAUAUCAGAAUUUUAUAGAAUGACAAAGGGUGAAAUUCCAAUUAUUGGUGUUGGAGGAGUAUUUAAUGGUCAAGACGCAUAUGCAAAAAUUAAAGCUGGAGCUUCACUUGUACAAAUAUAUACAUCUUUUAUAUACAAUGGUCCUCCAGUAGUAACUAACAUAAAGAAAGAACUAGAAUGUCUUUUAAGGAAAGACAAAUACAACUCCAUUGCUGAUGCAAUUGGUGCCGACUGCAAAGUAAAAUAAUAAUAAUUAUAUUAUCAAAUAUAAAAACAUUCUAUGUUCUAUGUAUAAA